AUCCAUAAAACCAAAAAAAUAAAAAACUCACUUCACUGAAUAGGCCGCCACCCCGCACCACAGGCCGCACAAGUCUUCUCCGCUUUCUUCCUAUUCCUGACUCACCACCGCCGGCCGCCUGCGUUGUGACUUGUGACCGACCACGACGACAGCCCCGCCGCCGCACAACGCCGAUUCUCCUUAUUAGCACCGCUCCAACCUGGAAACACUUUCUCAACACAACACUUUUUUAGACAUCCGAUACUGACUUGAACUAGAAAGCACGAUAGAAGAACAGAAGAUGGAACCCCAGGGCCUGAACCUUAUGGAUCAAGCAUUGGGAUUUCACAGCAACAUGACGCAGCAGCCAUGGCCUCUGUGCGGUCGCUUCGUGCUUGUGGAGGAUUGUGUUGACACCAGUGGUGCGUUCGUUCUUCACCACAUUCUCAAGCGCUCGUUCACUUCUCGCCCUUCUUCUGCCGUUAUCUUCCUCGCUUUUGCUCAUCCUAUUAACCACUACGACCGUGUUCUCAGGAAGCUUGGUUGCAACUUAUCUUCUCAAAGAGAUAACGGGAGAUUCUUUUUCCUUGACAUGCUUAUGUUGCAGUGUCCAGUUGAAGGAAAACCAAAGCACGAUGGACUUGCUACUGUCUUUGAGAAAAUUGAAAGAGUGAUCAGUGAAUUACAUCCAGAAAACAAGAAAUUUGUCACUGUCGUCAUAGAUGACAUCUCGUGCCUUGAAGUUGCUGCUAAUGGCUCAUCAAAUGAUGUUUUAGACUUCCUGCAUUACUGCUAUACGCUAACAUCAGAAAAUGGCUAUGCACUUGUUGCACUCAAUCAUCAAGAUAUUUAUUCAGAUGGAGAGAGGCCUGCUUUUAUGUUAGAGAUAGAGUACCUUGCUGAUAUCUUGAUCAAGGUUGAUCCAUUAGCUACUGGUUUAGCAAAAGAUGUGCAUGGACAGAAAUCUAAAAUGAAGCUGUUAAGUAUCUAAAAUGAAGCUGUUAAGCAUCCUAUACUUCCCGAUGUGGGACUUUGAGCACCCCAUAAUACCCAAGUCCCUAACAAUACACCGCCCCUGGAGAGCCGAUGUCCACGGUGGCUUCACUCUAUCGACAUUGAUCCAACGGUAGCCACUUUGUUACCGGCUAUCAGUAUCAGUAUUCACUUUAAUCCAGCUUAUAGGUAGCCCUUUCCAUGGUGCCAACAACCAUGCUCUAAUACCAUUGUUAAGUAUCUAAGAAAAGUGGAAAACCACACCUUAAAAGUUAGCUAAUAAAGGGGAAGAACCACUCUCCUUCUAUACAACAUCAAGCAUCCCAUCCUACUCGAUGUGGGACUUUAAGCACCCCAUGAUACCCAAGUCCCUAACAGAAGCACAAAGAUGAAGGAAAAUAAUUAUGCAUGUAUAAGAUGAUACUUUGAAUUUUUCACUCUAUUUUCCUUAACUCUUCAAAUGUUGUUGAGAGCCAGCUAUAUAGUGAGUAGCUUGCUUCUUCGAAUUGGUUCACUGCCUCUUCUUUUUCUUU